GAAUGUGUUCGGCUGCACUGCCCUUUAUUCUUCUUGGUGACGCCUUUGACUGUGUAACUCUGGAUGUCUGUGAGAAGGCAUUUUCUUAUGUGGAGAAAAAUGUGGCUUUAUGGACAUCACCUUUUCUUUACUCAUAUGGAAAGAACUUCCUUCUCCGGAUGUGUAAUGAUUUGUUGAGGAGAUUGUCGCCAUCUAGGAACACGGUGUUCUGUGGGCGAAUUCAGUUGUUUCUAGCAAGAAUCUUUCCUUUAUCAGAAAAAUCAGGACUCAAUCUAAUGAGCCAAUUCAAUGUUGAAAAUGUGACAACAUUUGCUGAAGAGCCGGACACAGAUACUGAGAGGCUGGUUAGUGUGAUAGAAGAUGAUGACAACAAUGCAGAGGAAGGAGAGACUCCACCUGUUAUUCCACAUCCAAUUGACUUUGAGCUGUACAAACAGUUUUGGAAGUUACAGGAUUGUUUUCGAGAGCCAUCAAGAUGCUAUUCACCAGAACAUUGGAAAACACUUAAAAUGAAUACGGAUAAAGUUCUUGAAGUCUUUGCUAGCUUUAAGCUUGGCCAGACAACUUCUGCUCCACAUGUUGAAAUAGGGAGUGACUCUAAUGGUGAUGAGAUGUCUCACUGCUACUUCACUAAGUAUCUAACUAGUGAAAAGUUGUUGGAUCUCCAGAUAUACGACAGUAAAUUUAGGCAGCAUAUUCUUGUACAGUUUCUCAUUUUGUUUCAGUAUCUCACGGGAACUGUCAAGUUUAAAGGACCUGCUCAUGUUUUGAAUGAAGAACAACACGCAUGGAUUAGACAAAUGACAGAAAAUGUUUAUGCUCUAUUGAAAGACACUCCACCGGAUGGGCAACAGUUUGCUAGAACAGUUGAGCAUGUUUUGACUCGAGAAGAGAACUGGAUUGGAUGGAAAAAUGAUGGUUGCAAAACAUUUGUUAAGGACAAAUCAGUACCACCGAGUGCUGCUGUUAAAUCAAGACGGUCAAGGAAGAGAUUUUAUCCUCCUCCUGGGUCUUCUGCAAAACGAGUAGAUUUAGGCAGUCCUGAACUGACAAGACUUUGGAACUUGUGUCUAGACAACAUGGAAGCUUGCUGCUUACAAGACAGAGACUUCCUACCAGGAAUGCAUGCUUUCUUUGAUGAAGCUAUAGAACAAACUGAUGUUGAUGCUAUGAUUGAAGAUGAGUAUAAGUUGGUCAAUAACAGCAGCUUUGUGUGGCGAGCUUUACGACUUCUGUCACGAAGGGGCCCGACAUACUUUCAAGCGAGCAGUUCUCAUCAACAACAUCAGACUCAAGAAAAGGAAAAGGGACAAAGUCCAACUCAGGGCAUGAAAGCCAUGUCACACUAUGUCGAGAGUGUUACUGCUCAACUAGCUAAGGAAAAAGCACAGUUGGUUGUUCCAAAUAUCUGUACUACAAGCACAACUGUUGAUAGUCUAUCAGUGAACAAUUUAGAAAUGAUGGAAUCCUCUCUAUAACUUCUGGCUAGAAAACUGGCAGUAUGUCAUUGUACUCAAAGACCUUUGAAACUUAUCAUUUUAUAGUAGUGAUAAUCAUACGGUUGCUAAUGAUGAAGUUUACGAAGUUAUAUAUUUAUAGUAGUGAUAAAGUUUGGAAAACAUGAUUGCUGAUGAUGAAGUUCGAAAGGUUUUUGAGUACCAUGACAUUGUUUUCGGGUGAUUGUUUAUAAUUGCAGCUUUGCUUGUCGGUUGUCUUAUGCUCUUCGCGGAUGGAAACCAGAUUGCAUUAUGAUUUGUGCUUCUGUGACGGUAUUCUAUACGGGUAACUUGAUAAUGAUGACAAGGAUCCUAUCGUACGUGCAUUUUACUACUAAAUGCGAUCAUGUGAGACCACGCGUCCCAAUAGCACGUAGUUUGCUUCGCCGUCUGUCUGCCUCGCGCCGCUUGAUACCGACACGCACAUGCCAUAAACGUUUCAUUUUCACGGAGCGCUACAGCGCUAGCCCAAAAAUCCUAUUAGCCAGUUCCAUGAUGCCAAAAUCAGCGCAUUCUAUCCGUAUCGUGUAUUCUAGACAUACUUCUGCCUUUACGUCAGCUAUGAGCCCUGGGAAACUGGACUUGUAAAAUUCACGAGACUUGCGGAGUAUAUACAUAACGUACUGUAGCUUUAAAUCACAUAGCGAUGGGUUAACUGACUCACUGUCUGCGAGCUAUGUGACUGGCUGGCUAUGGGCGCGUUCGAUUGAUCACGGACGUCUUUUGGAAGACUCUUCCAGCCUCUCCCACUUCUUCCAGCUCCUGCAAGGAUGGAAGAAUCCGAGAAACGCGUACUUCGCAUGUUUUGCAGUGAGCGUCUUGUGGCAAAAGUCAUCGUCGGCUGUAAGUUUCAUCUCUUUCUCGUCCUUAGCAUUAUAUUUCAAGUGACUUUGAAUAGAUGGUGCAAGGAACAACACUAGUACUGCAAACGUUUAUGAUGUCGAGAAGCAACUAACUGCAUGAGCUUGCACACUUGGUGCGGCUUUCUUUCAGCGAGGAAACACCAUUCCGCUAACUCCAGUCUUAAUUAGUCUUUUUCAAUUCUAUCAAAGUGUCUUUCCCAGAUCUUUCAGUCUUAUUUGGAAGACGUCAAUCGAACGCGUCCUGUAGUCUAGUCACGCCUGUGGAAUGUGCCACGCCUUCUGUGUAGUCCAAUCACGGAGCAGUCUGCAGUUUUUGUGUACAUGGCACAAUGUACCAAGUUGGGUUGAGUAUACCUGGUAUGACCAAAUAGAAGUUUAAGUUAACAUAAAGCAAACUUGAUGCGACUACACGUAACUUUGACAUGAAAAUGUAAUUUCAAUCAAGACAAUUAAAGCGACUUUGUCAAGAUUUAUGCGCAUGCUUGUGCGCUCUAGGCGUGUCACACUUCGCGCAAAUCUACAUCGGGACUCCUAGGACAGCGUAAUGACUAUAGGAAGCGUACUAGAUACUGUAUACGAGUACUAGAAUGGUCUUCAUAACGCUUGCUGUGCAAUUGCGACGGCGUCCUGCCGCUUGACGUGCACCUCCGUGGAUUGUCUUCUGAGAUACCGAUAUUAACGGAGACAACUUUCGGGACUCUUGUCCUUCACGUGUGGCUUCUAAAGGGGCCUUUGUCGCCGUACAAAGGAACCGUUCGACGUCGAAAACAAACGCUAUGCCUACUCUAUAUUUGCAAAACGUAUGCGGUGUAUCAAGUCGACGCGCAAUGACCUAGUUAGUACGAUUGACGAUCGCGAUCUAGCGGCAGUCAGGCAUGCACUCAUUGUCAAAGUACGACGAAAGUCGAUCUAUUGCCAAAACGUGGCAGAUAACGCAAUAUAACUAUGGUUGAAAUCACACUUGCCAACGGUUCGUCGUUUUGAAGAACUUGAAAAAUGUCUACGUAAAUUUAAGUUUGCGGAGGCGUUCAGACGCCAGGUAUCCGAGGCUAAAAUCUUGACUAGAGCCGUACAUAGAGACAAUGGCGCUUUAAGUUUUCUUAUUUCGAGAUUUGGUCAAUUCUAUCAGCUUUGGCGUGUGCGUUAGUUUCCGCUGUCCAUUCUCACCAUGCAUGCAGUCCUGUGUUGAUCUGUCCACGUGGCUAGUCAUUUGCUGCAAUCCUUCUGUUGGGGAAACUGUAGUAUACUGCACUCCAUGCAUUUGAACGUACUGCUGUAGGUAUGUUGUGGCAGUACAAUGUCAUGUUACUGUAUUGUUAGCAAUACUAAUUUUGACUCUUCUCUGACGAGUUUGGUGGCUUUGAGGUUUGUUUGUUAGACUUAUUUAUGACAAUGUGCUGUAUGUAUACAUUUAGGGUUUUAUAAUAUAGUACGUCAAUAUCAUACUCUUGGUGUUUAUUUAAUUUAACGUAGUGUUUUUAGAGUGACUGGCUGGUGUUUCUUUUG